AGUAUUUUUUGACAGAUUGCAAACAAAUUGCAUCAGUUUUGCAGUUAUAUCUAUACAUAUAAGUGAAUACUGUAUGUAACAUAACAGUCAAUAUUAUUUUCAUAUGUUAUGAAUUCAUAUGAAACCAGAGAAAUAUAUGUAUCUAUUGGUUUUGCCAAUUUCUCAAUAAAUAUGUGAAUGAAAAAAAAAAAUAUAAUUCAUCAACUAACUUAAAUUUUCUUGCGUAACAUUUUGUUUAUUGUUACAAUUAUUAAUAAAAGAGUGAAUGCAUUUGGUCGAAUCAUUAAAAGGAAAACAGAAUUCAAUUUUCAACUGUAUUUGAAAUAUUACCGUAAAUGAUGUUAUCUACGGAAGAUGCACUAACGUGCAAUAAAAAUGAUGACGUUGAUCCAACUCCGGAACUCUGUAAAAUGACGAAGAAGGUUGAUUUCAUAAAUCCUUCAGAAACAGUUUAUUAUAAUCUGUUAACAAAAUUGAAAGACAGACUUCAAGAUGGAAGGAAUGAAACCAUUUUUGAUAUUGGAAUUGGUGAAGAUGGCUCUGAGGAUGGAUUACAAGAAGAUGACUAUUUGGCAUCAGUAAAGACUCUUGAGUCACUUGCAAAAGAAUUGGAAGCAGAUUGUGUACUAUUAAGAAAAUAUAAAGUUGAACAAGGACUAACGGGACAAUAUUUAAUUCGAAAAAAAUUUAAUGAACAAGACUUUUUGGAAAUCAGAAUUGCUGUGGUGGGAAACGUAGAUGCGGGAAAAUCUACUUUAUUGGGUGUACUGACACAUGGUCAACUUGACAAUGGUCGUGGAUUAGCAAGACAAAAAUUAUUUCGACAUAAACACGAAGCUGAAACUGGCCGUACUAGUUCAGUGGGAAACGAUAUUCUUGGAUUUGAUGGAAUUGGUAACGUGGUCAACAAAUCAGAACAUGGCUCUUUAGAUUGGGCAAAAAUUUGUGAAAAAUCAUCUAAAGUUAUUACAUUUAUUGAUCUUGCUGGACAUGAGCGUUAUUUAAAAACAACAGUAUUUGGAAUGACUGGUCAUGUUCCUGACUUUGGUAUGCUUAUGGUUGGAGCUAAUGCUGGUAUCGUUGGCAUGACCAAAGAACAUUUAGGAUUGGCUUUAGCUUUGUCCGUACCUGUUUUUGUAGUUGUCACUAAAAUUGACAUGUGUCCAUUUAAUGUUCUUCAAGAAAAUUUGAAACUCUUAGUCAGAAUAUUGAAAUCUCCUGGCUGCAGAAAAGUACCAGUUACUGUAAAAACCGCUGAUGAUGUUGUUGUCAGUGCAAUGAAUUUCGUUUCUGAAAGGUUAUGUCCAAUAUUUCAAAUUUCAAAUGUUAAUGGUGAUAAUUUGGAUCUUUUGAAAAUGUUCUUAAAUUUAUUAUCUGCAAGGAUAACAAGUCGUGAUGAUGAACCAGCGGAAUUUCAAAUUGAUGACACUUAUUCAGUGCCUGGUGUAGGAACAGUGGUAUCUGGAACGACAUUAAGAGGAGUGAUACGUUUAAAUGAUACUUUAUUACUUGGUCCAGAUCCAUUGGGACAUUUUGUACAGAUUGUCAUAAAAAGUAUUCAUAGAAAAAGAAUGCCCGUUAGAGAAGUAAGAGGUGGACAAACGGCAAGUUUUUCAUUAAAAAAAAUAAAAAGAUCACAAAUUCGAAAAGGUAUGGUUUUAGUAUCGCCUGCAUUAAAUCCACAAGCUUAUUGGGAGUUUGAGGGGGAAAUUUUAAUUCUACAUCAUCCAACUACAAUCAGUUCUCGUUAUCAAGCAAUGGUACAUUGUGGAAGUAUUAGACAAACGGCAUCAAUUCUAUCAAUGUCGCAAGACUGUUUAAGAACAGGAGAUAAAGCCUUAGUACAUUUUAGAUUCAUAAAAAAUCCAGAAUAUAUGAAAACAGGACAACGCAUGGUUUUCAGAGAAGGACGUACAAAAGCAGUUGGAAAUAUAAUGCGUCUCAUACCACACACAGGAUCUAGUAACGUACAAAGUAACAGAGUAAAUAAAUCCAAUAGAGUUGAGUACACGAAAUAAAAAAUAAAAUAUCGAUAAUUUUUUUUUUCUUUUUGUAUUUAAAAAGCAACUUUUAAUUAUCUAUUUAUUUUUGUAAUUCAAAAAUUAGAAAACUAAGUAUACAGUAAAUCCAGUUUCCAUUUAAAAUAUUACAUAAAUAUUAUAAAGAAAUUUAUUUCAUUUAGUCAGAAUUUCUCUUUAUGAAAUUUUCAAAAAGUAAUUAAUUUUUAAUGUUAAAUCGUUUUUUUUAUUUCUACUACAAUAAAAUUUUUUUUGAAAAUAUUAGACCAAAAAGGAAUUUUUUUGUUAGUUAUAAGCAAGCUAAAAAUUUCAAUUGUUUAUAACUAACAAUUUUUUUUUUCUAAUAUUUUUAGAAACUUUAUUUUGAUCACAGUAGAAGUGAAAAAAGUAUUUAAUAUUAAAAAUUAAAUUUGUUAAUUUUAGAUGAUCCUUUUGAGUAAUUCUGAUUCUAUAUUUGUUAAAUUUUGUAAUUCUUCAUUACAAUUCUUAUAAAAUUAUUCAUAAAAUUAUGAUAAUGUUAUGUAACUAAUUAUACAUAUAUAAAAUGUAAAAAGAUGUGCGUAACUCAGAGUAAUUUCCAAGCUUAACCAUUGGUAUAUAACAAAAUGGGAAAAUUUACAAAAACAGGAAUUAUUUUUUUUGAUACAAUUUUUUAUUUUAUCUCUGAGUCAAGUAUAUUUAAUAAAUUUAGAACAUAUAUAAAUAUAUAUAUAUAUAUAUUUUUGUUAAAAUGAUAAAAUAUUUAAAUAUAUAUUGCUUUCUCAUAGAGAAGGAAUUUUAUAAAAUGAUAAAUAAUAUUAAAACGUACAACAGUCAAAUUUUGGAGUUGACCACUUUUUAAAUUAAAAACCUCUAAACCUUUAUACGAUUAUCGUAAAUUAAUGUUUUAUCAUUAGAAGUCUAUUUUUUUAAAAAAUUUUAACUUAUUUUCGUUUUAUGUAAUCCAGAUUUU